AUGGCGAGACUGACGCAACCACCCAUGACGCCUCGGCGCAGCGCUUCCAAUCCGGAUUCGUUUACAGAUCUCAACCGUCUGCUGGCUCGCCUGCAGCAGAGCAUUCUGCAAGCAGAUGCGGAAAGAGAGCACAGACUACGCACCAGCGAAUACGAGAGGAACAAGGCGAGCAUAAACCUCGAGUAUGCGCGAACACUUCUUACGAAGCUCGAACAAGACGCCUUGAACAUCAAGGUACACAGCAGAAGACAAGAGACGCAGGCCGAUCUGAACAGGAAGCGGGAGGUCUUUGAGCAAAUCUCAGAAAGAUUGCACGAGCUGGAAGAGCUUAGCAUAGACAGCGACGGAGACGAUUCAGAUGACGAAGAUCUGCUGGGCGCCAUACAAACGCCAAGCGAGAGUCAGGACUCGAGGAGCUCGGAGCGGCCCUCGCAGGGAUGGGAGACGGUGGAUGCGGCCGACUACGGAGAGCAGGAGGCGGAAGGAGACAGUUACGCCGACGAGAGCACAAUAAUGCCCGAACCGAGGCAGAGCACACAGCAAGCGCCACAGCCAACUUCAGUGCCAGAGAGUCAACAGGGGACAUCGACCGAACAAGCGUUACGGUCUCGCGGCGUACCCGCGCAGCCACAAAACGACAAAGGAGAGACCACGGCGAGAGCACAACUGUUUGGGAACCAGGCCUCGUCUCCGACGACUGCACUCAGCACUACGGCAACUACAGAAGCAAUCCUCGACCACCAGCGAGCAGAGCAGGACAAAUUGACCGAGUCGCUCCUAUCCAUGGCGCAAUCACUAAAGUCGCAGUCGCACGCUUUCCAGAGCGACCUCGAAUCGGAGAAAGACAUACUCUCUGCUGCUGGUGCUGGUAUGGACAAGAGCGAGCGUGGAAUGGAGGCGGCGACUCGGCGUAUGGGCUCGUUGAGAAAGCUUACCGAGGGCAAAGGCUGGUGGGGGAGAAUGAUGCUAUACGCAUGGAUUUUCGGGCUUAUGGUGGUGGCCGUUCUGAUCGUCGGGGUCAUGCCAAAGUUGAGGUUUUAA